AUGUGGAAACCACCUAUCAACUUCAUCACGCUCCGUUACGCGUACAUUCUCAGCUUUGGUAUACUAGCCCUGAUCAUCAUGUAUCCGCAUGGCAACCUCUAUGCCAUUGACUCGCACUUCUUCGGCGUCAGCACAUCGACAGAAUCUGGGUUGAACCCUGUGGAUAUAAAGGCUCUUGAGACUUACCAGCAGAUCUUCAUCUACAUCACCCCGAUUGUGACGAACCUGGGCCUUAUCGAUGCGCUUGUCGUCGUGUGCAUAGUCACAAGCAUACCCGACGCACUUCGCGAGAACCAAAAGCAGGCUACUGCAAGAAAUGCAGACAUGCGGAAUAUGGAGGGUGGUCUCACCGGCGAGACGGCGAUGCCAAAGAAGAUCUUAAUCACACAAGCAGCGACACAGUCGCAGCUCGGUGCUGAAGGUUCGAGACCUAUGGUGUCGCACAUCUCAUCUGCACCGGACCCGCAACGAGGUGAUGCUCCGGAAAAGGGCGUCUACAUCCCCGGCCCGUGA